UCUAUCCUGUUCAUGCGAGGCACCUCCAUAAGAAGUGUUCAAAUCUUCAGCCUGACGUUCACAUUAUGUCACAGAGUCAUCAGGAAUGAGACCUUAAAAUCCAUAAAUAGGAGGACUUCUGUCUUUCUGUCCUAAACACAAAACAAAGAUAAUCAUCCCAGGAAGUAAGCAUUAUGGGAUCUUCAAGCUCCUUCAUUCUUACAUUACACAUAGCAAUUCUUGCAUGGGCUUCAUGCGCUGCUUCACAACCAGUUCAAGAAAGAUUCUAUCAGUGCAUUACUCUAAAUUCCGAGCUCUCCAUCCCAUUUUCAGAAGCCUUUUCCGCCCCUGAAAAUGCUUCAUUUAGCACAAUCCUAGAAUCUUCUGCCCAAAACCUGAGGUGCCUGGUUCCAUCUGUCCCUAAGCCUCAACUAAUCUUCACACCUUAUAUAGAAAACCAUGUUCAGGCUGCAGUAAUUUGUGCGAAAGAGCUAGGAAUCCAGCUAAGAGUUAGAAGUGGAGGCCAUGACUAUGAAGGCUUAUCUUACAGGUCGGAAAUGGAUGAACCUUUCAUCGUCUUGGACCUAUCAAAACUCCGGUCUGUCAGAGUAGAUAUGCAGGACAACAGCGCAUGGGCUCAGGCCGGUGCGACAAUUGGAGAACUUUAUUACAGGAUUUCACAGAAAAGCAAAACUCAUGGCUUUCCUGCUGGCCUUUGCUCCAGCUUGGGAAUUGGAGGACACAUAACUGGAGGAGCAUACGGUCCCAUGAUGAGGAAAUAUGGCCUUGGAGCCGAUAAUGUCAUUGACGCACGAAUAGUUGAUGCCAGCGGCAGAAUUCUUGAUAGGGAGUCUAUGGGAGAAGAUCUUUUCUGGGCUAUCAGAGGUGGCGGAGGAGCUAGCUUCGGGAUUAUACUCGCCUGGAAGGUGAGGCUGGUCCCAGUUCCAGCAACUGUCACAGUAUUCACUGUUCCAAAGACUUUGGAACAAGGCGCAACUAAGAUUCUAUACAAAUGGCAACAAGUUGCUGACAAAAUUGAUGAAGAUCUCUUCAUCAGAGUCAUCAUACAAGUGGCUGCUGGUUCUCAAAAGGGCGAGAAAACUGUGCAAACUCUGUAUAAUGCAUUAUUUCUUGGAAGAGCAGAUAGACUGCUCCAGGUGAUGGAAGAAAGCUUCCCUGAACUAGGAUUGACGCGAAAAGAUUGCAUCGAAAUGAGCUGGAUUCAGUCUUUGCUCUAUAUUGCUGGUUACCCAAGUAAUACACCCCCUGAAGUUUUGCUUCAGGGGAAAUCUUUAUUCAAGAACUACUUCAAAGCCAAAUCAGACUUUGUGAAAGAGCCCAUUCCAGAAAACGGGCUCGAAGGGCUAUGGAAAAGGCUUAUGGAGGAAGAUUCACCAUUGAUGAUAUUUAAUCCUUAUGGUGGGAUGAUGAGUAAGAUUUCAGAAUCUGAAAUCCCUUUCCCUCAUAGAAAAGGUGUCAUCUUUAAAAUCCAAUACCUGACCAUUUGGAACGAUGACAAACCCGAGUCUGCAGCCAAGCACAUCGACUGGAUUCGGAGGCUGUACAAUUACAUGGCUUCUUAUGCUUCCAUGUUCCCCAGAGAAGCCUAUGUGAACUACAGGGAUCUCGAUUUAGGAACGAACAGAAACAGCACAAGUUUCAUACAAGCAAGUUCAUGGGGUUCCAGAUAUUUCAAGGACAACUUUAACAGACUAGUCAGUGUGAAGACAAAGGUUGAUCCUGAUAAUUUCUUCAGACAUGAACAGAGCAUACCAACUCUUCCCUUGAUGGAUGAGAGAAGAGGGAAGAGUAUGAUCCACUGAAGCACAAUUUGCUAGUCAUUAAGAUAUGCUAUUGCUAUACAUGAGGAUCUAUAAGUUUGUUGCCUCAUAUUCUAGUGUGAAAAUUGUUUUACAUUUAAGUUCUGUAUUUGCCUCUUUGAUCAUCUCACUUGGGUGUAAUCUAAACUUGUUGUAGCUAUUUUCUGUGUUGGAGUCUGUCUGUUAAGUAGGUUUA